CGCAUAAUCAGAGAAAUAACACCGAACCACAAUGGCCACAUGCAUCUAGCCUGCCGGGGAUUUUAUUUAACGCAUUAUUGAGAAGCGAUGGCAGCGCGUUCAUCAGUGUGUAGGGUAGACACGUAGUUUUUUUUUUGUUUUUUUUUUUACUUGUUUAUGACCGGUGCAUUUGUCUGGUUUGCUAUGUAGUUACACAAGUUACGUCUGAAGUGGCUGACAAAUCAAGGCGCGUCACUUCUACAUCACCCCAAGCAUUUAUUUGCAAACUCUGAGGUGUCCUGACAAAAAUACACCGACUUUUCUUUAGACUCAGUUUUUUUUAAAGCUUUGGUUUUUUGUUCACCAUGACGGAGCGGACUCCUCUCCUGAACUACCGCCUCCUCUCCAGCGUCAAUGAGUCCGAGCCGCGGGGUGCUGCGGCCAGCCAGGCCCCGGAGCAGCUGCCGGACAGCCCGCGGCGCAGGUCGUCCCCGCAGCAGCAGCCCAAGAAGCUGUCGGUGUUCUUCGGGGUGGUCGUCCCCACCCUGCUGUCCAUGUUCAGCGUGGUGCUCUUCCUCAGGAUAGGGUUUGUGGUGGGACACGCUGGAUUGUACCAAAGCAUCGUCAUGUUUCUGGUGGCCUACUUCAUUAUCUCCAUGACCGUGCUGUCGGUGUGCGCCAUCUCCACCAAUGGAGCGCUGGAUGCCGGGGGAGCCUAUUACAUGAUCAGCCGAGCACUGGGUCCGGAGUUCGGUGGCAGCAUCGGCCUCAUGUUCUUCCUGGCUAACGUGUGUGGCAGCGCCCUCUAUGUGCUGGGUCUGGUUGAAGCCAUUGUGAGCACUUUUGGAAUACCAGAAGAUCCAAACGUGGUUCCCAGUGCACACCAGGUUCUACCGUCAGGUUACUGGUGGUCCCUGCUGUACGCCACCGGGGUCGCCUUGGUGUGCCUCCUGGUGUGCCUGGUGGGGGCCCACAUCUACGCCAAGGCUACUUUCAUCAUCUUCCUGGUGGUCAUCUUCGUCCUGAUCAUGAUCUUCAUAAGCUUCUUUGUUGUGGGGCCUAAACCGAUCACGUUGCCGAGCCCCAGUUCCUCCAACCCGCCCAACGGAACGGGCCCUGUGCUUCCCACCACAGCCAAUUUUACCGGAUUUAAGCUGGAAACGCUGCUGGGAAAUCUGUAUGCUGGCUACACCUCAGACUACACCACGGGGAAGAUGAUGUCCUUCGCCACUGUGUUCGCUGUGAUGUUCAACGGCUGCACCGGCAUCAUGGCGGGCUCCAAUAUGUCAGGUGACCUGAAGAACCCCAGCUACUCCAUCCCCCGUGGCACCGUCACCGCUGUCAUCUUCACCUUCAUCAUCUACAAUCUGCUGAGCCUUCUGGUGGCCUGCUCCUGCGACCGUGUUCUUCUUCAGAGGGAUUACAGUUUCCUGAGGGCCAUCAACAUCUGGGAUCCCUUCGUCAUCAUCGGGGUUUAUUCCUCUACGCUCUCUGCCGCAAUGAGCAAUCUCAUCGGGGCCUCUCGCAUCCUGUACGCCCUGGCGAGGGAUGACUUAUUCGGUAAGGUGCUGUCUCUAGCUAAGAGGACUUCCCGCAGCGGCAACCCCUGGGUCUCUGUGCUCAUGUCCUGGUUCUUGGUGCAGCUGGUGCUGUUUUCAGGAAAGCUCAACACCAUCGCCAGCAUUGUGACCAUUUUCUUCCUGCUGGUUUAUGCCGCGGUGGACUUGGCUUGCCUCGCCCUGGAAUGGGCCUCUGCACCUAAUUUCAGGCCCACGUUCCGUUACUUCACCUGGCAUACAUGCGUGCUGGGCAUCAUCGGUUGUGCCAUCAUGAUGUUUCUCAUCAACGCCAUCUACGCCUCAGCUAGCAUUGCCUUCAUGCUGCUCCUCCUCCUGCUGAUUCACUACCUCAGCCCCACGUCCAGCUGGGGAUACAUCAGCCAGGCUCUCAUUUUCCACCAGGUGCGUAAAUAUCUUCUGAUGCUGGACGUCAGGAAGGACCACAUUAAGUUCUGGAGACCUCAGAUCCUACUGAUGGUUUCCAACCCUCGCAGCAGUGUGGGCCUCAUUACCUUCAUCAAUGACAUCAAGAAGAGCGGCCUCUACGUGCUGGGACAUGUCCAGCUGGGAGACCUCAGCACUUUACCGUCUGACCCCUUGCAGGCUCAGUAUGACUCCUGGCUGUCCCUGGUGGACCAUCUGAACAUCAAAGCCUUUGUCAACCUGACAUUGGCAGAUUCCGUACGUCAUGGUGUCCAGCAUCUCCUCUUCAUCUCAGGACUUGGUGGGAUGCGACCCAACACCUUGGUUCUCGGUUUCUAUGACGACUGCCUUCCAAAAGAUAAGCUGAUUGAAUCUCCCCUGUUUUCCACCGAGUCCGUGGAGCCCUUCAGUCCUUCUGGGGAUGUCGAUCAGCCUCCCAUGUAUCACUUUGCCUCCCUGCGAGGGUCCAGUGACAGGCACGAUUAUGGUGAAUUUGGGGAUGGGAAGGUUUUAGGCCCCCAGGAAUAUGUUUCUGUUAUUUCUGAUGCGAUGAAGAUGCUCAAGAAUGUGAUACUCGCUCGAUACUUCAAUGACUUCGACAGAGCUCAGGUCCUUUCGUCACCCUCCCCCCUCGCCAAGGGAGACGUGUUCGUUGAUGUCUGGCCAAUAAACCUCCUGCGCCCGGACAGCUGCAGCUACGUCGACACCUGCUCCCUGUUCCUGCUGCAGCUAGCGUGCAUCCUCAACAUGGUGAAAGCCUGGCGCAAAGCUACGCUGCGACUCUUCCUGUGCGUGGAGGAGGGGCAAAGCGUCAGGGGCUCAGAGGCCAAGCUCGGCCAGCUCCUUAAAGAUUUGAGAAUUAAAGCUCAGGUGUACCCCGUACCGUGGGACCAGGUGGUGGGGUUACACUGGCAGCGGCAGGGUGGAUUCAGCAAGAACCAGAAGUCCCUGUCUCCAGACUCCACCACCGAUGAGAUGGAGGCGAGACCCAUGGAGGAGGAGAGCGAAGACGAUUACGUCAACAGCUUCCCAAGCAAUGCCACGCGCGUCUCCGAUGACUACCUGACAGCCGUCAAUAAGCUGAUCCUUGACCAGGCCAGCCAGCCGCCUGCCGUGCGUUUCCUGUACCUGCCCCGCCCCCCAGCCGACACCCGCCGGUACGCUACUUACCUACACCAGCUGGAUCUGCUUACUCAGGAUUUAGGACCCACUCUCCUCAUCCACGGAGUCACGCCUGUCAUCACCACUGACCUGUGAGCUCGCCUCUCCUCUUCCUCACACGUUCAGCGAAGCGUGCCUUACACUCUGACAGCGAGCGAAGUCUCCAGCGUCCCCAUUAAAGGUGUGGACGGCAGCUCAGCAUUGACCUCUCCAUUAUCACUGCUAGCUCGCUGACACCACCUUCCCUGCCUUAUACAAUGUUCCUAGUUUUUAACUCUUUCCUUUUUAUAUGUCUUCUAACUUCCAAAUAACUUUGCGGACAUUUACCAAACACCAGGAGGCACACCUGGGCAAAGCUCACUGUAGUUUUAAGCUCAGUGUUGAAUCCGAUGUGAUUCUUCUUAAUGACCUUUCCACAUGUGCUCAAAUCAAAAAGUGCCUCUAAUAGUUAUGGAACAUAAUUUAAACAACAUUGAUGCUUAAAGCAAUCGUUUCCUUUUCCUUUUAGGAGUUCAGAACAAAGAUAAAUCAUAGCAGAGAUGCUUCUACAAUGUGUUCUCUGACUCUUUUAUUCCCAAAUGAUUUUAUGUAUAAUCUCAGGACGACAUUCCUUUUUAUCCAAAUGCACUUUUUGUCCUGCCACGUCUGCCGAAAUGCACAACGUGCAGAUAAAGAACAAAAAAGACUAACGUUUCCCUGCUCCAGUGACUGAGACUAACUUUUUCCAUUUGUUUUUAUUAUCUCCUACAAUCUCGUCACUUUUGGUUUCCUCUCAGUGGCCGUGCUGGUUGACCGGCUUUGUGCUAAAUUGCCCGGAUGAAUUUAAAUAUCUGCUCAUCUCUGCUGCGAAACUCAUUAGCUAAAGUGCUUGUAACAUUAAAACAUGUUUCUGUAAAUUCUGCUCAACUGUGUGGACAAAAUUGGAGUUAUUGGAACGUAUGUAAGGGCAAAAGCGUAGAACUGUAUGCAGUCUCGGCGUCGGCUUUUAACAGUGAACAACCCAGCGUACUGUGAUAAAUGCUUCCUUUGUUAUGCACUCCGUACCCUCUGGAACAAACUCAAGGGUUUAAUAAACUUUAGCCUUUAAAUGUCAGAAAUCAGAUGAACUCCACAAAGACUUCAGAUCAUCUGAGGGCAGACUUUUUGCUUUAAAGGAAACCUGGUGCUCUGAUUUCACUCUAAACAUUGUUUGUAUCUGGACUCUUUCCAAAUGGAUUUCCUUCUGAUCUUUUUACAUUGACUAUUUUUUUUUUUUUACUGAUACAAUUUUGUUUGGACACUACACUCCUUAAACCACUCGCACUACAUUUCUUCAUGUGUUUGUCUGGGAUUUCUGUUCUCCCCUCUACAGGAAAACAACAAAUUCUGUUGGACAUGGUUUACUGAAGGAAUUAGUAUUUGUAUUACUGUUGAAUUAUGUCCAAACUUUUCAAGACGUUGACUGUAAUGACACAAAAAAAUAAACAUCUUUAUCAGUU